AUGUCUCCGGCGGCUGCGGCGGCUGGAGGCGAGCGGCGGCGGCCCAUAGCGAGCGUCAGGGCCGGCCGGGGCGCGGGCGGAGGCUGGGGCCGCGGCGGGCCGGCCGGGGCGGCGCUGCUGGGCCUGGCGCUGCUCGGCCUCGUGCUGUACCUGGUGCCGGCGGCCGCCGCGCUGGCCUGGCUGGCCGUGGGGGCUACCGCGGCCUGGUGGGGGUUGAGCCGCGAGCCCCGCGGUUCGCGCGCCGUGUCCUCGCUCGUCCGGAACGCGCGGCGUCAGCGAACGUUGCUGGCUGCGCCCCCGGCCAAGGCGGCGGCAAACGGCGAUCUCCUGGAGCCGCGGACCUUGCUCGAGGGCCCCGACCCCGCCGAGCUGCUGCUCAUGGGCAGUUACCUGGGCAAGCCCGGCCCGCCGCCCGCCGCCCGCGCGCAGGAGGGCCGGCACCUGCGGGAGAGGCCGGGCCGCAGCCCGCCCGCCCGCGCCGCCGCGCCCGCGCCCCCGGCGCCCCGCGCCCCGCAGGCGUACCCCUCCCUCUCCUCCCCUGUGCUCCGACCCAGCAGGAGACCCUCCUACAGGGACUGUGGGACUUUAUCGAAUCGGUUCGUAAUUACACCCCGAAGACGCUACCCGAUCCAGCAAGCCCAGUACUCGGCGCUGGGAGUGCUUCCCACCGUGUGCUGGAAUGGGUGUCCCAAGAAAGCCGUGCUCUCCGUGCGCAAUUCCAAGAUGGUGUGUAGCCCAGUGACCGUGCGGAUAGCCCCUCCCGACAGCAAGCUGACGCGUCCCCCGCCCCCGGGGCAGACCAUCAGCGCAGCGCUGGCCUCACCGGCAGCCAGCGCCCCGGACCCGUGUGCGAAGGAGACUGUGCUGAACGCUCUCAAAGAGAGGAAGAAGAGGGCGGUGGAGGAAGAGGACCGCCAGUCCCCAGAUGGCCUGGAGAAUAAGAGAAGGCGCCAUGAUAGCAGUGGGAGUAGCCACUCCGCCUUUGAGCCGCUGGUGGCCAAUGGAGUCCCUGCUUCUUUUGUGCCCAAGCCUGGGUCUUUGAAGAGAGGUCUGAAUCCCCAAAACUCAGAUGACCACUUGAAUAAGAGAUCUCGCACCUCUUCUGUGAGCUCCUUGACCAGCACGUACACAGGUGGCAUCCCCAGCUCCAGCCGCAACGCCAUCACCAGCUCCUACAGCUCCACCCGGGGCUUCCCACAGCUGUGGAAGAAGGGCGGCCCCACGUCAUCCCCCUUCUCUAGCCCGGCCUCCUCCCGCUCCCAGACUCCAGAGAGGCCAGCAAAGAAGACCAGAGAGGAGGAGAUGGGGCACCAUUCCAGCUCGUCACCUCCGUUGGUGACGGACAAGGAGUCCCAGGGAGAAAGGGCUGCAGACACGGCCACGUGGAAGAAACCAAGCCCGGGGAGCUCUCCCUCCACGCCCGGCGGCUCUGGGCAGCGUAAACGGAAGAUUCAGCUGCUGCCGUCCCGUCGAGGGGAACAGCUGACCCUGCCGCCCCCGCCCCAGCUCGGCUAUGCCAUCACUGCCGAAGACUUUGACAUGGAGAAGAAAGCUUCGUUGCAGUGGUUCAACAAGGUCCUGGAGGACACGACUGAUGUGGCCUCUGACUCCGCGCCUGAGAACCCCCCCACCAGCCAGGCGCCUCUGACCUUCUCCCUGCCUGCCCCUGCCCCCGCCGCCACCGCCCCCGCCCCCGCCACCGCCGGCGCUGCAGCCUCGCCAGCCAGCCUGCCGGCCCCCAGUGCCAACCCGCUGCUGGAGAGCCUGAAGAAGAUGCAGAGCUGCCCAGGCCCGCCGGCCGCACCAGAAUCUGCUGGAGCUGCGGCCACGGCCACCCCUCCGCCCCCGAAGACGCCCAGCCCUCCGGCCCCGGCCAGCAGUUCCCCGGCGGAGCCCCUCGCAGGCACGUCUUCCGACUCCAAGCCCGCAGCGCCGUUGCUGGGGCCUAGCCCUGCUCCUGCCCCGACACCCGUCACCGACACCCCCAAGGCUCCUGCAGCCCCUGAGGCCGAGCCAUCGCCCACACCCAGCACUCUGCUGGGCGCACUGAGCUCCCCGCCCGCUCAGCCCCCCGCCCCUGCCACCCCCUCUGCCCCUGCUGUGACCGCAGCCUCCCCCAUGUUCAAGCCCAUCUUCAUGGCCACGCCUAAAAGCGAGAGCGAGGGCCCCUCGCCACCAGGCCCCCCAGUCACCGCCGCGGCAGCUGCCAGUGCCCCGGCCCCGACCACGACCACGACCAGCGCCUCCACCCUCACUUUCAAGCCCAUCUUCGGCAGCUCGGGGCUGCCUGCGCCCGUGCCCUCGGCCACGCCCUUCUCCUUUAAGCAGACCACCACAGCCGCCGCAGCCGCAGCCGCCGCCGCCCCUCUCUUCACGGGCCCGGCCGCUGCCAGCUCCGCGGCGGCCUGCGUCACCACCGCCAGUGCGUCCGCAGACUCCGCGAAGCCAGCGUUUGGCUUUGGCACGGGCAGCGGCACGAGCACCACUGCCUCCGCCACGGCACAGCCGUUCCUCUUCGGGGCGCCCCCCGCCUCCGCCGCCAGCUUCACCCCAGCCGUGGGCUCCGUGUUCCAGUUCGGCAAGCCUGCCGUGCCCAGCUCGGCCACCGCCGCCACCUUCGGCCAGUCCCUCCCCAGUGCUGCCCACACGGCUGCCAGCAGCACGGCCGGCUUCGGCGGCUUCGGCUCCCUCAGCACCUCGGCCCCCGCCGCCCCCAGCCAGCCCACGCUGACGUUCAGUAGCACGACCACCCCGGCGUUCAACAUUCCCUUCGGCUCGAGCACCAAGCCCGCCGUCCCGGCGUACCCCGGAGCCAACCCCCAGCCCACGUUCGGGGCCACAGAGGGGCAGCAGCCGGGGGCCGCCAAGCCGGCCCUCGCCCCGAGCUUCGGCAGCUCUUUCAGCUUCGGGAACUCAGCAGCCCCGGCCCCAAGUGCGGCGCCGGUGCUGGCCACCGGCCAGCCGGCAUUCGGCAGUGCCACACAGUCCUCCUUCGGGGGUCUGAAAGCCACGGCUGCCACCUUCGGCGCCCCUGCCAGCACCCAGCCCGCCUUCGGCAGCACCACUGCGGUGUUCUCCUUCGGGGCGGCCACGCCGACCACCAGCAGCGGGACCAGUAGCACGGUGUUCGGCAGCACGACCCCGUCGCCCUUCACGUUUGGGGGGCCAGCCGCCCCGGCUGGCGGCGGGGGCUUCGGGCUCAGCGUGGCCACCCCAGGCGCCAGCUCCACCUCGGGAGCCUUCAGCUUCGGCGCCGGACAGAGUGGGGCCACAGGCACUGCCACGCCCUUCGGGGGGGCCUUGAGUCAGAACAGCCUGGGGGCCCCCACGCAGACCAACCCCUUUGCCUUCAACAUGGCCAGCACGCCGGAGAGCAAGCCUGUGUUCGGAGGCACCUCCACGCCCACCUUUGGUCAGAACGCCUCUGCCCCCGGAGUGGGCGCGUCGGGCAGCAGCCUCUCCUUCGGGGCGUCCUCCACGCCCACCCAGGGCUUCGUCGGCGUGGGAGCUUUCGGGUCGGCGGCCCCUUCCUUCUCCAUUGGUGCGGGAUCUAAAACCCCAGGGGCCCGACAGCGACUGCAGGCCCGAAGGCAGCACACUCGCAAGAAGUAGCCUCUGUCUCCCGCCCGCCUCCCACCUCCCGCCCUGCCCCGCCCGGCACCCAGGCCUGGACUCUGCUGCCCCUUGGAGUUCAUUGAGUGAACUUCUCCCAGAACCUCCGGCCUCGGCCGCCAGCGGGGAGGGGUGGCGGCGGGGGGCUGGCCCUUGACUGAACAGUCGCCCUGGUGAGCCCCUGCCUCCCGCCUCCCCCAGAGCCCCGUGCACACUGGACGGGACCAGGAGCGGGCUGCCUGAAGCUUGACCUCCCUGGCUGGGCUGGAGGAAGCGGCUCUCCCGGGCCCCGAGGGGACUCUCCCUAUUUCUCGCUGCUCUGUCCCUCGCAGGAUUUUCCCUCUUGAAUGACCUUGAAUCUAGCUUUGCCUUGGAGCCCCCUGAGGGUGCCGCUCCCGCUGCCCCGUCCCCUCCUGCCAGGUCAUUCAGUGUUUUCGUCUCCCCCUACGAGCUCGGCGGCUGAAGACUGUUAGCCUGGCAGAUCGGGGGGAGACGCCGCGCCCGCCUCCGGGCUGUGUCUGCCUCUCGGGGAUUGUAUGUUCUAAGCCUUGUCCUGUGUCACUAGUCCGAUGCGCGUGUCUAUCGCUCUUUGAACCGAGUUUGGAGGAAGAAUCGAAUCGUAUGGGUGGCGGCACGUUGGUAGUGCCGGACUUGUUUCCCGACUUUCCUGGGGCCUCGCUAAUUGAACGUGGCGGCAACCCCGCUUCACGGCCACGCGUGCUGACUCCUGAAUUCUCCGGUGGUUUCACUCUAAGGGCUGGCAGCCCACGAGCACGGGCCCGGGGAAGCAGAGCCCUCCGCGGAGGCAGGCACCCCCGUCCGUCCGUGUCGGGAGACCUGACGUGAUGGCCCACGACCCAAGGUGACCUGGUUGCUCCUCCCACACAGGUGCCCCGACGCCACCCCUCCCCCAGGCCCAGGCGCCUUGCUGCCAGCCCAGCCUCUUUGGGAGAAGUGUGAAUGCGUGUGUCUAAAUUAAAAAAUAUUUAAACAUUUUUUAACAAAAUAAAAAUUUAUUUUUGUAUUUAAGC